AUGGCCAUUUUAUUAAGAAACCAAAAANUACCGUAUCUCUUAUCAGAGAAAUGUGUCGAUUGUUUUGGCGUACAUGUACUAAAAGACAGGGGCGUCUAUCCUGUGGGACGUUUGAGGCGUAAUGCUUCAAACAAAACGAAUGAUAUUCGCAUUGUUGAUAUUCUCGAUGUUGAACCUUUAGCAAGAUGUAUGUGGGGUUUUACUGGUAUAUUUGAUCACGCUAAUGGUGGUGGGUUUUUGACAGAUUAUUACAAAGAAGCGAGGAAAGCAAUAUGGGACUUUUCUGGUAUUUAUGCAACAUCGAGGCACAUUGAGGGAGUUCGAUUUGCGGGUUUAACCCAUCCUGAAGUAAUCGAUGGUUGA